GUUCACAUUCCUCCCCCCAAUGAGAAACUUCCAAAAAUGAAGAAAAAUAAGUUGAAGUCAAGUCCCACGACCGAUGUAGAUGACUUAAAAGUGGAAGUCUUUACUAGUGAGGAUGAGACUGAGAGUGUUAGGGGACCUCCAAGAUGCUUACAACGAGCUAUACAAGAAGUGUCUAAAACAAGGUGA